ACCCUGUGGCCAUGGCGGUGGCCAUGGCGGUGGCCAUGGCGGUGGCCAUGGCGGUGGCCAUGGCGGUGGCCAUGGCGGUGGCCAUGGCGGUGGCCAUGGCGGUGGCCAUGGCGGUGGCCAUGGCGGUGGCCAUGGCGGUGGCCAUGGCGGUGGCCAUGGCGGUGGCCAUGGCGGUGGCCAUGGCGGUGGCCAUGGCGGUGGCCAUGGCGGUGGCCAUGGCGGUGGCCAUGGCGGUGGCCAUGGCGGUGGCCAUGGCGGUGGCCAUGGCGGUGGCCAUGGCGGUGGCCAUGGCGGUGGCCAUGGCGGUGGCCAUGGCGGUGGCCAUGGCGGUGGCCAUGGCGGUGGCCAUGGCGGUGGCCAUGGCGGUGGCCAUGGCGGUGAGCGGCUCUCUGGGCGGUGCGCUCGUGGGCUGCCUGCUGGCGUUCCGCAUCGCCGACCCUCUCGGUCGCCGUCGCGAGUUGCUGCUGGCAGCGGCGCUCUACCUGUGCGGCGCGCUGCUCACUGCCUCCGCCGCCUCGCUGGCCGCGCUGCUCGCAGGCCGCCUCGUGUACGGCGCUGCCAUCGGCCUGGCCAUGCACGGGGCGCCCAUGUACAUAGCGGAGACCAGCCCGCCUGCCAUCCGAGGCACGCUCAUCUCGCUCAAAGAGGCCUUCAUUGUCGCCGGCAUCCUGCUGGGCUACGUGAGUGGCAGUGUGCUCAUAGACCAGGAGGGCGCGUGGCGCGCCAUCUACGGGCUCGCAGCACCGCUGGCGCUCGUCAUGGCGGGGGGCAUGGCAUGGCUGCCGCCCUCCCCGCGCUGGCUGCUGCUGCGCGCGCAGCAGGAGGGGCAGGAGGAGCAGAAGCGGGGGCCGGAGGGGCAGGUGGGGCAGGCGGGGCGUGGGGGCGAGGAGGCACGGAGGCGGGCGGUGCAGGCGUUGAGGCGGCUGAGGGGAGGGGCGUGUGGGGAGGGGGAGGCGCAGAGGGAGGUGCAGGGCAUGCUGGAGGCCCUGGGGGAGGGGGGGGGGAGCGGGGGCAAGAGUGGGUGGAGUGAGCUGGUGACAGGGGCGAGCGGGCGCGCACUGGUGAUUGCCUGCGGGCUCGUCUUCUUCCAGCAGGUCACCGGCCAGCCUAGUGUGCUCUACUAUGCCGGCUCCAUCCUCCAGGACGCGGGCUUCUCUGCCGCCAGUGACGCCACGCGGGUGUCGGUGCUGCUAGGCUGCUUCAAGCUCGCCAUGACGGGGGUGGCAGUGGCUACGGUUGACCGGUGGGGCCGCCGCCCGCUGCUGCUCGCAGGGGUCUCGGGCCUGGUGGCGAGCCUGGUGCUGCUGGGGUCGCUGUACGCCAUCCACACCACCCUGCCCACCCUCAGUGUCCUCUCGCUGCUGCUCUUCGUCGGCUGCUACCAGGUGUCAUUUGGCCCCAUCGCGUGGCUCAUGGUGUCGGAGGUGUUUCCCCUGCCUGUGCGGGGCCGCGCUCAGAGCCUCGCCACUCUCGUCAACUUUGGAUCCAACGCCCUCGUCACCUUCGCCCUGCCGCCCAUUCAGGACACGUUGGGGCAAGCAGCCACGUUCUACUCGUUUGCCACCAUCGGUGCCGGAGCUCUGGUGUUCAUCUACCUGUGGGUGCCCGAGACCAAGGGGCUGCAGCUGGAGGAGAUUGAGGCCAAGCUGACAGCGGGCAAGAUAUAGACUGGCAGUCGCUGUGGAUAUUCACACCAACACCCAAUCCCUCGCAAGCAUGACAACAGAGGACCAUAGGCGAAUGCCAUUUUCUGCAUGGAUAGGGACAGGGGGGUUAGGGAUAGGGACAAGGGGGAUAGGGAUACCGUAAUCACCCGGAUAUAG